AUUGCAUUUCCAUCCAUUUACCCUCACUUUCCCUUGGUUUCUUUUCUUUUGACUAGUGUUCUACAUACUGGUUUGGGAGUAAAAUUUCUGAUUUUGUCUUUUCUUCUUUUUCCUUGUCCCUUUUUCUGGUUCUUUCUCCCUUCCGCUCGCUCUCAGUUUCGCUUGAUCACUUCUCCUAGGCACUCCGAGCUUCGCCAUCACAUGGUCCACAAUAAUCUCAAUGGCAGCAGCACCAGCUCGACAGUGGGGAGUGACGCCUCCCAUUUCCACCGUUUUACCUACCCAAGAGGAGCUUGAUGCAAACGAUGACUUGAUCUCGGAACUCAAGGCUCAGAACAACUUCGAGGCUCCUGCCGAGACAGAGCGGAGGAAACAAUUACUUCAGCUGCUACAGCGCGUCACCGUCGAAUUCGUGAAGAUUGUUAGCCGCAAAAAGGGGCUGUCUGCCGCCGCGGUCGAUGCAGCUGGAGGCAAAAUAUUCACAUUUGGAAGUUAUCGCCUUGGUGUUUACGGGCCUGGAUCUGAUAUCGAUACCUUGAUCGUUGGGCCCAAACAUGUUUUCAGGGAAGAUUUCUUCGCUGACUUCCCACCCAUACUUGAAAAUAUGGCUCCCCAGGGUGCCAUUGAGAAGAUGACGCCCGUUCCCGAUGCCUUUGUCCCUAUUAUCAAGCUUGAAAUGUCCGGGAUUAGUUUCGAUUUGCUUUUCGCGCGUCUCCUUGUGCCCGCAGUUCCCUUGAAUCUCGAUUUGAAAAACAACGACUAUUUGAGGGGCCUUGAUGAAAGGGAGGUCCGAUCGUUGAACGGAACUCGUGUCACCGACGAAAUCCUGGAAUUGGUACCUCAGCAAAAGACAUUCCGUUUUGCCUUGCGUGCAAUCAAGCUAUGGGCUCAAAGACGUGCUAUUUACGCCAAUAUCGUCGGCUUUCCUGGAGGUGUGGCUUGGGCCAUGCUGGUAGCAAGAGUCUGUCAGCUGUAUCCCCAAGCGACCGGAUCUGUGAUUGUGGGCAAGUUUUUCAGAAUCAUGAAUAAAUGGGCCUGGCCUCAGCCGGUGUUACUGAAACAAAUCGAAGACGGGCCUUUGCAAAUGAAAAUUUGGAACCCUAAGAUAUACCACGGUGAUCGGUUCCAUCUAAUGCCCAUCAUCACGCCGGCCUACCCCUCUAUGUGCGCAACCCACAACGUUUCGAUGUCGACCAAAACUGUUCUUCUCCGUGAGCUGCAGCGUGGCGGCGAUAUCGUGGACAAGAUCUUCCUGAAGCAGUUAUCUUGGAAUGACCUUUUUACCCGCCAUACCUUUUUCACGCAUGACUACAAGUAUUAUCUCAGCAUCACUGCAUCUAGCAGAACGAAGGAAGCAGAAUCCGUUUGGUCUGGCCUUGUCGAGUCCAAGAUUAGACAUCUCGUCGGAGCAUUGGACCGCAAAGCAACCAUUGCUGUGGCUCAUCCUUUCCCCAAGGGAUUUGAAAGAAUCCACGCGGUUGCCAACGAGGAGGAGGCUGAAGCAGUGAAGAAUGGGGCCACAAAGUACCAAGAUAAGGGAACGAGGACAGAGACAACUGACGAGACGAACGAUGCUGCGCACCAGGCCGCUGCCGAGAAUGGGGUAGAAGGCAGCGAAGUUGCGGCUGCAACGGAAGAGGUAUCUAAUGGCGACAGCCGGACCAUGUAUACGACAACCUACUACAUCGGAUUGGAGUUGAAACCGCUUGAGCCAGGUGCAUCCCGGUCGUUGGACAUCUCAACCGACGCUCAAAUCUUCAAAUCUACAUGUACCUCAUGGACGGGAUAUCAACCUGGUAUCAACGAUUUGUCUAUUACCCAUGUUCGCAAUUUCGAUCUACCUGAAGACAUCUUUCAGCCAGGAGAAGUUCGCCCUACUCGGCCCAAGAAGAAGAUCGUGAAGAAAGCCCCAGCAGGCGGCCAAAAACGAACCAUCGAAUCUGUGGACGACUCAUCGAACCCGGCUGCGAAACGGCAGAUCACGUCCGAGGCAAUUCACAGCACAGCAACGCCAGCGUGA